UUUAGUUAUUGAUUACAUUUAUUACAUAAAUUUAAUAAUUUUAUAAUAGGAAUGAAAAUGACUUCUGAAAACUUUGCAAUGGGAGUAUUUCUCUUCUCCCAGAUUUCAGUGGGGGUGCUAGGCAAUACCUCAAUACUAUUUUAUUAUGUCACUUUGAUAUUGAACGGGAAGCAUUUAAUGCCCAAAGAUCUGAUUAUAGAGCACUUGACUUUUGCCAACUGCUUGAAUAUCAUCUCAAGAGGUAUUCCACAGACAGUGUCUUAUUUUGGAUUGAAGGUUUUCCUGAAUGACAUUGGAUGUAAAAUUAUAUUGUAUAUUUACCGAAUAACAAGGGGGAUGUGCCUUUAUAUGAUGUGCCUAUUGAGUUGCUUCCAGGCAAUCACAAUCAGCUCCAGCAACUCCAGGUGGAGGAAGCUUAAGCACAGAGCCAACAAGUACAUUGGUCCCUCCUGCUCAGUCAGUUGGCUUGUGCACCUGCUUCUAAAUAUCAUGAUUCCAUCAAAUGUGUCAAGCCUCAGUUACACGAAAAAUACUACUAAGAGAGUGAGUUAUGAAUACUGUUCAUUGCUUGCUUCUGAAAAAUUGGUAACUGCACUGUAUAUGUUGUUACUGUGCUUCUCUGAUGGACUGUGUCUGGGUCUCAUGGCCUACUCAAGUGUCUCCAUGAUGAGUAGACUCUACAGACACAAGAGGCAAGUCAAGAACAUCCACGGUGCUUGGCGCGUUCUGAAAGUCUCACCUGAAGACAGAGCCACGCAGACUAUCCUCAUCCUGCUGUGCACCUUUGCCAUCUCUUACUUAUACUCCUCCAUUGUGACUGUUUUUAGAACAUGCUCCAAAUAUCCAGUGCUAUGGGAAGUAAAUGUAUUUACAGUUAUAGAAAUAUGUUUUCCAAUAUUUUCCCCCUUUGUUCUUAUCACCAAUCUGAAGACUGGUACCAGUCUGUUUUUACCCUGCACUAGUAAGAGAUAG